ACCGAUUGAUUUUGCUUCCGAUUUCAAUCACGUUGCACCUCCUAACCCAAAAUUCCCAGUAUCAAUGGGACGCCCGCCGGAAAGGCGGAGAAACAGACUCUAUGUCUGACCACAUACCCCGUAUCCGCGAUGAGCUACGACGAAGCUUUUGCAGUGGCAAACUCAAAUCCGUCGCUUUUCGCAAGGAGCAGCUCCUGGCGUUGGCGUAUCUGUUGCAGGAGAACCAAGCUCGUUUCCAAGAGGCCAUGCAACGUGAUCUAGGCCGUCCCCCGCUCGAGACGUCACUGUUGGAUUUGAACGGGUCUAUACGUGAAGCAUUUCUCUGCUACAAGCGCGUCGAGCAAUGGGCCAAGGAAGAAUCACCUAAAUUCAACCUAGCGACGUGGGCGAUAAGUCCUAGAUUGAGGAAGGAAGCGAAGGGAGUUGUUCUCAUCAUUGGGCCCUUUAACUUUCCAAUAUGGUGUCUUUUCAGCCCUCUGGCUGCCGCUAUUGCAGCUGGAAAUGCAGCCGUCCUCAAGCCAUCGUCGCACACCCCAGCCACCAGCGCACUCAUUGCUGAGCUUGUUCCCAAGUACCUCGAUCCGUCUCUAUAUCGCGUCGUGCUCGGAGAUAACGCCGAAGUUUCCGCGUUGCUGGAUCUCCAGUGGGAUCACAUAUUCCUCACGGGCGGGCCUAAGGCUGGCAGGGUUAUUGCUACCGCCGCCGCCAAAUAUCUGACGCCUAUCACACUUGAGCUCGGUGGUAAAUCUCCUGUCAUCGUUGACCCUUCUUGUGACCUCGAAACGUCAUGUCGACGUCUCUUGUGGGCCAAAACCAGUAAUGCGGGCCAAAUCUGCACGGGUCCCGACUAUGUCCUCGUCCCGAGACAUUUUCAAGAUGAAUUCAUAGAAGCGAUGAGCGUCCAGUAUGCGAACUUUUAUCCUAAUGGUCCCGCGGCGUCAGAUUCGUUCUCACGAAUUGUCGGGCCCAGACAUUUUGCAAGGAUCAAGGCGUUGCUAGACGCGACACAGGGUGAGGUGGCGCUCGGAGGAGAGACGGAUUCGGCUACGAACUACGUUGCCCCGACGGUUGUGAGGGACGUACGCGAGGGUGAUUCCCUUCUAUCGGAGGAAUUGUUCGCGCCGAUCUUGCCGGUGGUACCAGUUGAAAAUCUAGACGAGGCAGUUGCGUACAUCAGAGCAAGAGAUCACCCACUUGCACUGUAUCUAUUUGCUCAAGAUGAAGCCGUCAAGCGUAAGGUCAUCAACAGUACUUUGUCGGGGUCUGUCGGCAUCAAUGAUUGCUUACUUCAAGUAUCUGCCGAAGGGCUUCCUUUUGGCGGAGUGGGACCAUCGGGAUACGGUGCCCAUAAGGGCAAGUUCGGGUUUGCCACCUUUACUCACCUCCGUCCGGUUAUCGACUCGCCGUGGUACGUCGACCUGUUCAUGUCACUGAGGUUCCCGCCGUACUCGACGAAGAGUCUACAAAAGAUCAACGCUGCCAUGUUGCCCACCCUGCCCAAUUGGAAAGGGGCUGGGAAGAACGUGGUAAAGGUGACUUCGGCACCCGUUCCGGUCAACGUAAAUGCUCGAGGGAGCUUCUGGGAUGGCGAAGCUGUGGCUAUUGGUAUUAGAGCGAGUGGCAAGGGAGUGUUAUUAAAUGGAAAAGAGUGGCUUGGGUUGGUUCUCGGGAUGGGUGUGGUUCUUGUCGGAUGCUGGGUAAACUUUGGCAGGGCGCUGUGAUAACGGGCGGGGAAUAUGGGUAGUCAAUCUUUAUCAGCGGAGGGGAAGUAGAUGUCGUGGUUAUUGUUUAACUUAUAGGCACAGUGUAUCAUUUAUUGUAUUACAAGACUCAAAAUGUAACUAUCGGUCUUCUUUUUUUU